UCAGGUGUCCUCAGUGAAAGUGACAUACAGCUGCUUGUACCCUGGAAUGAGAGUUAACUGUUCUGCUGAUGGAGACAACCUUCACUUCAGCUGGUCUUCUGAGUUUAACGCGCUCCCUCAACUGGAGAAUGGGACCAGCACUGUCAUACUGGAACAAGACCAUCAAGGAAAAGUUACCUGCCAUGUAGAAAAUCACGUCAGUCAUGACCACAAUACUGUUGAACUUCACCAAUGUCCUGCCAGGGUGUCCUCAGUGAAAUUGUCCUACAGCUGCUUGUUUCUUAAGGUCAGGAAAGUGUACUGUUCUGCUGAUGGAGACAACCUCCACUUCAGCUGGACUUCUGGAUCAAUCACUCGGUUGGAGGAAGACAACAGAACUCUCGUACUGGAUAAAAAGCAUAAUGAAAACGUCACCUGCCAUGUCGACAAUCAUAUCAGUCGUGACCACAAUUCCAUCGAACUCCUGAAAUGUACUGAUCUCAUUCUGCUUAUCCUGAGCUCGGUUUGUGGGAUUCUCACGGUACUAGUUGUCUUAGCGUUCUGCGUCUACAAGAAGAGACAAGGUCUAAGGAGAAAAGCCCCUUCUCAGGAUGACAAGGAGCUUGUGUACGCGGAGGUCUCCCAUACAGCCAUGAACAGGACAAAGACAAGACCCACCCCAGUGCAGUACGAGGGUGUGGAGUACGGCACAGUGGUCACUUCCAACCAGAAGAAGAAAGAGGACGAGGUGCAGUACGGAGAGCUGGUGUUUAACACUCCUGCACAAAAGAAGAGCAAAGUGUCCAAAGUACAGGAAGAGUGUGUGUACUCAGGGGUCCAGCACAGUCAGUGAGUGACACAAUCUCAGUCUGUUUCAGGAUGAAGCAUUAACAUAGAUUUUUUUUGUACAGAGCUUUGUUUCUCUGAUCAUCCUGGUAGAGGAAGUUGAUGACAUUCCACCCAUACAAACUAAACUCCACUUACAGUGAAACUAUUUCAGUUUCUGGUUAUGCAACUGCUGAUUUUUUCAAGCUGUAACUGUUUGUAACUGUUUAUAUGGAGUUUUACAUGUGCUCACUGCAUCCAUGUGGUUUCCUCUGACCUCCCAAAACAUGUCAGUUGGUGUAUUGACUAUGUUAAAUUUCCCUGUGUGUGUGUGUGUGUGUGUAUGAGAAAGAGAGAUGCAUUUCAGAUGACUGUUAUAGAUCUCAACAAAAUUUUUUAUUCUUGUUUAGAAAUAAAAGCUUAUAUAUAAGUUUUGCUGUUGUUUUUUCUUGUUUUCAUGCUGGUGUCAUCACCAUGGUCCUUAAUCAUAAGUAAGGCUUUUGGGACUUGAUUAAAAAAUUGUUUCAUGAUUGUAGAGAAAAUAAAAAGGAAGUAUCUUGUUGUAUUUUUAAGUGUUAACCCACAAAGCUGCAGCUUCCUAAGCAGAUCACACAUUGUUUGAGUUGCUCAAUUUUUUUUCAAACCAACAUUUCUGCUUCUCUAUUUAACAAAAGAGCUGCACAUAAGAAGUGUCCAUAUUUUUAUUUUUUAAAAAAGGUUAUGCAAUAAAUGAUGAUAAAUAUCUAAUAUUGUUCAGCUGUAAAUAGACUUUCAGUUUAUAUGAUGGCUAAAACUUUCAGUGGUGUUGAUUUAAAUGUCUGUGGCUUGUAUUUUGUCAGGAGUUUUAGGGACAGUUCCUUUCCAGACCUCUAGGGGUCUGCGUGGUGGUGCCACGCCCUUUCCUCAUGUGUUUUCUCGAUUUCUCACCUGUCAUUUGUUUUCCCUUGAUGUGCUGCUUUAUAUAUGGUUUUUAUGUUAUAGUCAUGUUUUGUUGAGGUUAUUUAAGU